GAGCGAAGGAUUAUUUGGAUUCCCCGCACCCGUGAAACAGGCGGCCUAAACGGUUUCUCUUUGUCGCCCUUAGACGAGACGGGCUGCGCCAAAAGCAACACAAAGCCACAAAAAGCCAGCUUCUCCCGCUACUUUCACUUUCGAUUUCUCAAACGCCGCCUGCAGAAAGCGAAACCUUCGCUGCCUCCGCCCGUCUCUCCGCGUUUCCCUCCCACAUCCAGAGAAGCAGCCGGAGCGCCAACAGCCUGCGAGGAUGAGCAGACCCCUGAAGGAGAAGCUCCAGCGCCUGGAGUGUCACUUCACCUGGGACUUUGAGGUCAAGGACAAGAUAGAUAUCAGACACAUCCUGCUUACUCUGGCUGUCCGCCUGGAGCACGGACCCCUCCGUAACCGGGGCACCUACCUUGCCCUGAAGGCCUAUCUGCUCCACCUGCUGGGGAGCCCCAAAGAGGCCCUAGCCGUCCUGCAGGAAGCCAAGGAGGUCUUGAGGAAGGAGCCUCAGGGGAUCUUCCCACGCCAGAUCCUGCUGGUGUACGGGAACUACGCCUGGAUCUAUUACCACUUGACCGAUUAUGACAAGGUGGACCUCUACUUGGCCCAGAUCCGCCAGAUCUGUCGGGACCUGUCCAGCCCUGAGCCAUACUCGGCCCCGAUCCCGGAGGUCUACGCCCAGAAGGGCUGGUCCCUCUUUGCCAUGGGCUUCCGGAAUGGCCAGCUGGCCAUGGAGUGCUUCCAGAAGGCCCUGGAGCUGCAGGGACCAAGCGUGGAGCUGCAGGAGGGCCUGGCUUUCUCCACCUUCGCUUCCUGGACACACUCCUACAAUGAGAAGUUAAAGGAAGAGAGCCAGAAGUUGCUGGAAGGGCUGAUCUGCGACCACCCCGAAAAUUAUGAAGCCAAAGUCUACUUGGCGCAGACUCACCGGGUGGGAGAUGACGAAAGAGCCCAGCACCUUGCCGAUGAUGUGAUCCAGAACAGUCUCAACCCGGAACUGCUGAGAACGGCCGCCAAGUUUUAUAGGUUCCACUCUCCCUCCCAGGCCAUUUCCAUCCUGAAGAAGGCCAUCGCCCUCUGCGGUGAUUACUAUCUCCUGCACUACGACCUUGGCAUGUGUUACAUGGAUCUCUUAGAUCGAGGAUCCAAGGGGAACCGAGCGGAGAUCGUGGAGGAAGCCAUUGGGUGCUUCAAACGCUCUCUGGAAGCCAAUCCCGAAUCCGUGUUUUCCCGGCUGAAGCUCGCGAAGUUGUACGGAGAAAAGAGCCAGCUUUACGAGGAGGAGGUCUACCUGGGCCUGAUGGAGGACCUGCCAACCGCCAGCAAGAGAUGCCAGCAGUCUUUCUAUCUGCACUGGGGGGAUUUCCUCCUCCACAAGAAGGGGCAGAGGCAGGCAGCGCUGCGGGCGUACGAGGCUUGCUUGGAGGUGCCAGGGGAGCACCCUCUGGAGCAGAAGCACCUGGCUGUGCGCCUGAGAGAGCUGGCCAGAGUCUUCCAUUUUGAAGGCGACACAGAGCAAGAGAGGGCUGUCCGCUCUCUGUUGAGCACAAUGCCAGCAAUGCGCCAGAGAGCACCAUCUGCAGGACUUGUCUCACCCUCACGAAAAUCUCCCUAGGAGCCAGCUGGGAGUGCUGCAGCCCCAAAUGGGUGGUGCCCCCUCGCUGCCCUGAGCCACCACUCCUUCCUGCCUAUUGCUGGAAAGCAGUAUAAUGUUUGCGACAACCUCUCCCUCCUUCCCUUCCCCUGUUUAGGGCAUGAAUACUCCAGUGUGUACACUGGACAAUUCUACAACUCCCUGCUGUUUUCAGAUACAAACUUAGCUACAGCGUACAAUAUUGUGCCAGGUUCCAAGCAUCGACCUUUAAGAUCCAUCCAUCUUACGCAUGACUUGUGCCACAAAGUAGAAUUAAGGAGGAUCUAGUUAAGAGGUUUCCACACUUGGUGACUUAAGGCCUGUGGACUUCAACUCCACAAAUUCCACAGCUCUUCUAUAUACUAACCCUUUCCCGUAUCGCCAUCUAAUGCUCCUACCCCUCCUGUUCCCCUUUUUUUUUUGGGGGGGGGGGCGGCUUCUGCUUGUUACAGAUAUCUUAUAACUUCUAGUUUUCCAAAAAUUUUAUUUUCUUGAUUUUGUUGUAUUUUUAAUUGCCUGCACUUCCCUGUCCUUAUGGGGUUCUUUGACCAAAAUAAAGACUGGGUUGUUAUAA